CAUCAGUGUUUGCUCCUUAUCCAGUAACAUGUAAUCCAAAAUUCAGCUCAAGCCUCAUCAUCCUUCUACAGCAAUAUAAAACAAAAACUAUAUGUCUCAAAAUCCAAAUCAACCAUAAUACCACAGCACAACCCAAAAUCAACAACAAUUAAUAACAGAUCUCACCAACCCAAAUUCAACACAAAAUCAACAAGAAAAUUCAUGAUUAACAGUAACUAUCACAACCCAAAAUCAAAACAAAAUAAAUGAAAAAUUCCACGGUUAACAGCAAUUGCUCCAACACAUUCUGGGUUUGGGUGAUUCCAUGAUUGGGGGAAGAAAAAGCAAGAUGAUUUUUGGCAACUUUGGGCAAUUAUGGGUUCGGCAUUUUUGGGCAAUUUUGGGCGAUUUUGGGUGUAGGAUUUUGUGGGUUUCGGUGAAAAUGGCAAAGAAAGAAAGAAAGCCAAAACAUAUAGAGAAGAAGGAUGGAGACGAAGAGCAACCGAUUGGAUGAACUGGUGAAGAUGGUGCGUGAUUUGGGUGAAGAAAAUCAAGAUGAUUUUCAACAAUUUCAGGCGAUUUUGGGUUCAGCAAAUUUGGGCGAUUUUGGGUAAUUUUAGGCAUAGGUUUUCUGGUGAAGAUGGCGAAGAAAGAAAGAAAGACCGAAGGUUGGUGAAGAAGAGUGAAGAAGAGGAACAACUGGAUGGGUGAACUGGUGAACUGGUGAAGACGGUGAAGAAGGGCAGGGCAAGGGCAUCGUUCUGUGGUUCAGGGAAAAUGACCGUGAAGAAGAAAGAAAAGGAAAUAAAAGAAAGAGUUAAAA